AUGGACGUAGCGAAAGAACUGGCAGAUUACGCUGCCGCAAAUACCACUGCUGUUCUCGAUCGACCCAACCCCAUCGUCACUGAUGCAGGUCUCCUCGCUGCGUUUGAUAACACCCCAGUAGAUGCUGACGAGUAUGGAUCUAACCUCAACACUCAUCUGCUCGCAUUGACACUCACUUCCACCCAAGCUCUCAUCUCAUCCUUAUUCACCUUACCUACCAAAUCAUCUUCUUCCGGACCUAUCACUCUCCUCCCUGCUCCUUCUACCCUAUUACCCAGAGAAAAACCAUUACCUAAACCCAAACCAUUGACCAAAUGGGAGAGGUUCGCUAAAGAAAAGGGAAUAUCACAUAAAAAGAAGGAGAAGCACGUAUGGGACGAUGAGAAACAAGAAUGGGUAGCUAGAUGGGGCAAAGAUGGAAAGAAUAAGGAGAAAGAGGGUCAGUGGUUGACUGAGAUCAAAGCUGGGGAAGAAGCAGACCAAGACCCCUCAUCAACCGCCCGAUCAGAACGCAAAGCCCGAAUCGCCAAGAACCAGAAACAGCAAGCUGCCAAUAUCGCAGCAGCUGCCAACCACUCUUCCGACGCUACCGCCACCUCAUCUCGAGGAGGAGUAUCCACCCUAAGUCAAGAACAGAAGAAAAACCUCAGGGAGAGACGUAAAGAGGAACUCAAAAGAUCCAUGAUUUUAUCUAAAACUUCUACCGCCUCAUUGGGUAAAUACGAUAAAGCGAUCAAAGAUGAGCCUAAAGUAAAAGGUCUCAAAAGGAAAUUCGAACCGACUGUUACGAACAAGAACGAUUUCAAAGGUGAAAAGGAACAUGCUUUGGACGUUUUACAUAAACUUGAAACUGGUGUUGGUAAAGUGAAGAAAAGUAAAAAGGGAGGAGAGGGUGAUGAAGGUGGUCUGAAUGUCAGGAAGGCAGUGAGGUUCCAAGGUAAAGUCGAUAGAGCUUCUGGAGGUGGAUCAUCGGCUGGGAAAAAGGGGAAGAGAAAGUAG